GGGUGUGAACAUAAUGCACAGGGCAGGAGCGAAGUACAAUUUUCUUGGGUUCUACAACGCUUACUGCCUUCGUCACUUAAUUAGCUUCAUCACCACUUUCAAGCCACGCCCGCAGCAAACGUGCUCUUAACACAAAUGAGUGUCCCGCCGAGGACACAGCCCCAUUUCCUAUCGUGCAGCCAGGCGCUCAGCCUACACUGAAUGCGCUACGCCUAUAGUAUACUAAUGAUACGACGGCGGACUGUGGGUGAUUGCCGGACUGUGGCUUUCCCGUUGACUCUGUUUUCAACAAGGAAAUUUCCCGGGUUUUCGUAGGUUAGUUGACCCCAGAGUACAGUGCUAAGGGAUUUCCAAACAAUGCCUCAUUGACGCGACCGCUUAGGGACUCGCGUGACAGGGAACACGGCGGAGCUGGGCAAAAUGGCGCCUAGUCGUGGCGCAGGCCGGCUGCUUGCAACUUUACUUUCAAUAGGACUAGCUGCACAGCUCCCACCGCUGGUGCUAGCUGAGGGGACCUCAGCAGGAGCCACGAAGCCGGUGGCGAAUGCACGGGAGCUUGCGGCAGCGCUGAUAGACAACAGAAUUAGCAUAAUCGUUCCAACAGCCGACAUGGAGAUGACAGAGGCGGACUGGGCGGGGCUGGGGCCCUUCCCCGUGCUCGUGACCCGUAACGUCACGUUGACCAGUCAACGAGAUGACAACGCCACGUGGCCCCUGAUCUCCUUUGGGUUCGUUCCCGAUAAGCUACAACUUCAGGCGGGCGUAUACUUCAUUUGGACCAGGAUCGUGUGUCGGCGCACACGCGAAGCGCCACACUUCUUGGCCCCCGGGCUGGACAUGCUGCGCCCCACGCUGCCCGCGCCCUCGCCAAACUCAUCUCUGGAGGCCUUCGCGCACGUCCAGUUUAACGACAUGAUGAUUAUGAACCGCGGGUGCAUUCCCGUGGAGUUGGCGAUUACUAUGGCGUCUCAGGUGCUCUCCAUUUCGUCCCGCCCGACCGCUGUGCCGGGCCUGCAGCGCGCGCGAACCCAGAUCGUGAACAACUGCACCGGCGUCAACAACACCGCGCUGCGGCCAACGCACCAGUGCUUUCCCGUCACGAACUACUACGGGGACCUCGUGUUGUACGGCGCGUACAUUCCCCCGACGUACGUGCCGCAGCGGUCUGGGUACCUCGUGUACUGCAUGAACACGCCCGGACAGUGUGAGGAUAUGCUGGAGACCAGCUGCGUGACCAGCCUGGGGCCCGUGGAGUGCUACUGGAAGACGUACGGCAAGCUACGGGCCGUUAGCAAUUCCACAAACGCUACUGCUACUACCAUCUCGGCGGCUGGCACUGGGACGAACAGCAGCACACCGACUUCGGGGCAGCUUGUCAACGGGACAGCAAGCAGGGGCGGCGGCGGCAGCAACAGCACCAUUAGCAGCGCGCAGGAAGGCAAUGCCGGCGGUGGCAGGGGCUCGCCUUCUGUCAUACUGGGGGCGGUCCUGGGCGGCGUGUUGGGAGGCCUUGCGCUGCUAGCUAUGGGCAUUGCUGCCGCGCUGCUGUGGAGGCGGCGGCGGGGCAGCGGCGCUGCUGCUGGCGCUGAUGGCAGCACACAAGCGAAGAAGCGGGCUGCAUCUGGGGACGACAGGGACUGCUCCAGUAAUCCCGAGGCGGCCAGGAGCGCCAGGAGCGCCAGCUGCAGUGUGCGUAUCUGCGUGGGUGCAAACCAGGGCGCAGCGACCGCAACCGCCACCCCUGCAACGGCAACGGCACCCUUCGCAGCACGUGUCGCCGCCGCGGCCACGGCCCCCGCCACCAGCACCAGGGCUGCUGCAGCUGCCCAAGCAGGCGGCGCGAGCGGUGGCCUUGCGUCAGCAGAGACCUUGGCUGCAGCCACUGCUGGUGGCGGCGCCCGCCGCGCUAGCACCGAGUCUAACACUGCCGCCAACGGCACAGGGUCCUCCGAUCUAAGGGAGCAGGCGGCGCUGCUUGAUCCAUCAGGGGCUCAGGGCAGCGGCGAGGCAGCGCAGUGCUCCAUGGCGCCUGUGACGCCGUGGACGCCACUGCAACAGGGAAUCGAGCUCAGGGUCAAGGCCACACAUGCUACUGGCGGCAGCAGCGGUGCGGCUCGGAGCGUCUCUGCGACGGAAGCGUCAGCCUUGGAGUCGUCGCCGGAAAGUGCGGGGACGGGCACUGCCACAACCGGCUCGGCGUCCACUUGCGCCGGCGCCUUGCCUUCUCCGGGUGGCUCCUCCGCCUCGGGCAGCAACGAGGUGAAGCUCCUCCCAAUCACAUUGGGCAAGGGCACCUACGGCCGCGUGGUGGUGGGUGAGUUCCGCGGCCAGCGGGUGGCGGUCAAACUGGUCAACCUCAACCUGGCGGCGUCGGCACCGCUGCCCGCCGCGGGGGCGAUGGCGCCUGGCGGCGCGGACACAGCAGCGGCCUCCGUCCCUGCCGCGGCCGGCAGCGGGCCUACCGCUUACGCCGCCGCUGCGGCUGCGGCUGGCGGCACCCUGGCUGGUGACAGUGGAACGGAUCCCGCACGGUACCUGUGGGAGCAAGCCACCAAUUCCAUCCAGCAGCCGCACACACCGGGGCUGGGGCUCACAGCGGGCGGCACGGACGGCGCGGCUGGCGCUGACGCAGCUGCCCUGGCAGGCUUUGCAGCAGCCGUGGCCGCUGCUGGCCCGAUGGCGUGGGGUAGUCCAGGCGCCGCGUGGUUGCCGCCGCCAGCGGGCCUCCCGGACGCCUCGGAGCGCUGGAAUCCAGAUGCCGAGUUCCCCAUGGCUGACACGGGCGCACUUCGAGUCUGUGCUGCAGGCGGCGCGACAGCCUCCCUCGCGCAACAGCCGCCGCAGCAACCGGUUCAGAGCGCGCGCGCCGCACCCACAGCGGUCGCACCCACAGUUUUGGCGGCCGGACCCGUGGCACUUGCCAAUGGCAGCACCGCCAGCAACCUGCAGUGGAUCGCGUUUCCACGCAACGCCACGGCCGCAACAGGCGGCAGUACAAACACCGCCGAUUCGACGCUAAGCUCGCUACCUUAUCGGGAUUGUUUCGUGGCCGCGUCGGAGGCCGCGCCGCCUGUGCCAAUAGCGCCGCCGCCCGGAUGGAACCGGGCCGGCGGACUGGGCCCAUCGCUAGGAAGCAAUGUCGAUGCUUCCCUGACAACAUCCCCCAGCGGUAAGCUAACCGCUGCAAUAGCCGCGCUGCCGGGCGCCCGCGACGGCGCGGGGCUGCUGCCCGCACUGCCUAUGCCCGGAGGCGAAGACGCUGGAGGCGGGCAGAAGCUGCAAAACAUCAGGGUUGCGAAGGGCGAGGAGGGCAAAGGGGAGGCCAACGGCGUGGACGGACCGGAAACAAUGGCCGGCGCGAGCACGUUUUACGGCUCCACGACGGACAGCGCAGUGCCGGUGCCUGCCGCGUUGCCGCCGCCGGGGAAGGCAAAAGCGGGGGCGCCGCAGGGCCCGCUGACCGCGGCCCGCAACGAGGCCAGUAGACUGCAGCAGUCUUUCAUCGCCGAGGUUGAGGUUCUCGGCCGCAUCCAGCACCCCAACAUCGUGCAGCUGCUGGCCGCAUGCAUCGAGCCUCCUCAGAUGUGCUUGGUGAUUGAGCUAAUGGACACCUCGCUGGAGCGACUGCUGUACGGGGGAGGACCCGCCGGAGGGCCCCGGCCCCCCAUGCCCCUAAGCAAGGUGCUACACGUGGCCAUCCAAGUGUGCGAGGCGCUCGCAUACCUGCACCCCACCAUCAUCCACAGGGACCUGAAGCCCGGCAACGUGCUUAUCUCAAAGCCUGACAGCGGCACGCCAAUCGUCAAGCUCGCGGAUUUUGGGCUUUCCAAGUUGCAGACGACGGUGCAGUUCACCCGGCAUGCCGACGCGGGAACGGCCGCCUACAUGGCCCCUGAGACGCUCAACCCCUACAACCACGUCGUCAUGCACCACGUGGACAUGUAUGCGGUGGGCGUGAUGCUUUGGGAGAUGCUGGCGGGACAGCGGCCCUGGGCGGGGCUGUCCAUCGCGCAGAUUGCCUACAGUGUGGGGCUGUUGCGGCAACGGCCGCCGCUGGAUGGCGCGGCGAUGCCGCCUGGGCGCUGCCCGCCCAAGCUGCGUGCGCUGGUGGAGGCGUGCUGGGACCAGGACCCAAAGCGGCGGCCGGCGGCGAGCGAGGUGCUGAAGGAGCUGACGAUGCUGCGGCUCAAGAUGGAGAGGGAAAGAGCUGCUUAUGACGGUUAAAGAUCUCAUGCAUUGUAUUGUAGCGUGGUGGCUGCCACACCUCAUAUUACAGAUCAUGAAUGCCCAUGGGCGCGCCCAGCUAAUCCUGCUGAUACAAUCGCGUGUUCGUGAUUGCACAUCUCACGUACAUAUCUGCCCCUAGCAUUCUUGCAAGGCAUGGUCACGUGCUGUCAAGCAUGGUAUUUGUUAUCCAGGUCGCAAUUGUGCCGCCGUGGUUUCGGACGGCAUGAGGGGCACGAAGGUAAUAAUAUAUGGUCGUACAUACCAAACGCAUGGUAUCAUGAUUACAUAGCGGGAUAGAUGCAUGUCAUUAUUUUAUUUACUCCGACAAUAGCUUGGGCGGCAGAUGCUUGCUUACGUGUGGCGUGCGGGUAUGACACUAAUACAUCUACCCGACGGGGCCGUAAAGGAUGCGGAUUUACAAUUGAAGGGACAGCCCGACAAGCGGGGGCACGCCGUACCAUGGCACCGUCUAGACCGUUAUCAAGACUGCAACGUGGUUGGCGGAUGCUGACGUGGAGUGCAGGCGAUAGGACGGAAUAGCAGUUGCAGCCGUAGGAUUCCAGAGAAAGGCAGGGUGUGUAUGACCCCUGGACGUCGCCGCGUCGGCUUGGGGUUGGAGUGUGGGCAAGUCGGUGGGACCUAGGUGGGGUGCCCCAGCUGCCCCUGGGUGAUUGACACGGUGCGCGGCACCGGUGUGGUGCGUUGGGGUGAAUACAGUGGUGGUUUUGGGAGGAUUGUGUGCUCUAUUAUGAGCGAGGCGUUUGCGGAGCAGUGGGAAUGGCCAGUUGCGAGUUGGACAAUCGCGGGUGUGGCUUGGACCGCCGCGCCCCUGGAGCGCAUCUUGGAUUCUUGUGGCACAGGCCGCAGUGAGGAACUUUUGUUCUGCCGAUAAACAUGCACAUGGAAUAACAGCUCAGUUUCUUACAUCAUUUUUAGUUACAACCUGCGUAAUCCUUGGUAGACAAGAAGGGCCGUGCUCAUCGAUUCAGGACUUUGACUUUUCCUGUCGCUGUGCGUAAGGCUCGGUGAAGCCGCUUUCGGAUAAGCUACGAUGUUUCAAGGCCGAGGACAGCAGCAGCCAGCUCAAAGGUAGGGCACAAAUAAUAUGGUGGCGGACUGCAUGCUGGUAAUCUAGAAGGGACACUACUGGGCUUGAAUGCGCCACCGAGGGGCUCUACAAAACUCUUGCAUGUAUCACUGGGGCUCCCUGAGCUCCAGCGCAAAGUGCGGGGGUUCGAUGGCGCAAAUUGCAUGUGCGCCAGGGCUCGCCAAGUUCUCCAGGGCC